CUUCGCAAGUCCAACCUCUCCUUCCUGUGAUGUCACGCUACAAAUUGCGGGAGCACUUUUCUUCCCUGCUUCAGAAUGAGCCACCACGCACGCUCCACCAGCAGCACUCGAGGAGAAGGGCUACAUGCUGCAAGAGCAAACACGCUCUGGAAUUUUAUUCCUGGGCUUUCCGCCCCGUGGAGUGAGCAGGGAGCAAAGUUGAAGAGCUCGUUUUGCAGCUAGGAGGCUGAGCACGCAAUGGAAGCGCCUAUAUCUCACAGAGCCCAGGAAAUAGUCUUCUAAAGCACUGUUCCCAGUUACUUGAACAGCCUUGGAUGGACAAGACUUCUCGACAUCAUGAUUUGCUGCCAAAAAUAAGGCAGAAAGUUCUACAGUGGCUUCAUCAGAUUGAGGAAGAAGAAGAAAAAAAGAUGGAACUAAGCAAGCUUCAGGAUGACCUCAUCUGCCACAAAUAAUGUGUUUUUUAUUUUCCAAGACCAGCUAUGUGAUUACAGUAGCAUCUGGGAGAAAAGAAUGAUUUCCUGGUGAUUACAGGAGAUGUAUCCUGCUACUACAAAGCUUGUAUUUCUUCCCUGAAGCUGAAAAGCAAAACAGAAAAUUAUCAAAGCACAGAGGUCAAAACCAUCUGCAAGUCUUCCUGGAAUUUAAAAACAGUUACAAUAAAAAUACUAGAGAAAACUACAAAUCACAGGAAUUCAGACUGGUAUUUUAAACAGACCAUUAUAAUGGUAAGCUCUAACUGUUCCACUGAGGACUCCUUUAAAUAUACUUUGUAUGGAUGCAUAUUUAGUAUGGUAUUUGUUCUUGGCCUCAUAGCAAACUGCGUUGCUAUCUACAUUUUUAUUUUUACAUUAAAAAUGCGAAAUGAGACCACAACUUAUAUGCUUAAUUUAGCAAUAUCUGAUCUGCUUUUUGUGUUUACAUUACCCUUCAGGAUUUAUUACUUUGCAGUAAGAAACUGGCCAUUUGGAGACAUUCUCUGCAAGAUUUCUGUCACGCUGUUUUAUACAAACAUGUAUGGAAGCAUUUUAUUUUUGACUUGCAUAAGCGUAGACCGCUUUUUGGCUAUAGUACACCCAUUCCAGUCUAAGACGCUUCGAACUAAAAGAAAUGCAAAAAUCGUCUGUGCUGCAGUAUGGAUAACUGUGCUAGCAGGAAGCACACCAGCAAGCUUUUUUCAAUCUACGAACCGCCGUAAUAACACUGAACAGAGAACAUGUUUUGAAAACUUUUCCGAGGCCACGUGGAAAACCUACCUAUCCAGGAUUGUUAUCUUCAUUGAAAUUGUUGGAUUUUUUAUUCCACUGAUCUUGAACGUGACCUGCUCUACUAUGGUCUUGCGGACUUUGAAUAAACCACUUACAUUAAGUCGGAAUAAAUUAAGCAAGAAAAAGGUACUGAAAAUGAUUUUUGUCCAUUUGCUGAUAUUCUGCUUCUGUUUUGUGCCAUAUAACAUUACCUUAAUACUUUACUCCCUGAUGAGAACACAGACACUGAUUAAUUGCUCAGUGGUAACUGCAGUCAGGACCAUGUACCCCAUCACUCUAUGCAUUGCUGUUUCCAACUGUUGCUUCGACCCUAUAGUGUAUUACUUUACAUCGGAUACAAUUCAAAAUUCAAUAAAAAACAGGUCCACUAGAACACGCGAUUUCAGGUUCUCUGAAAUGCAUGUUUCAGAAAGCUUCAUUCAGCACAGCCUUCAGACCAUAAAAAUGAAAAUAUUUGACAGUGACUCAACAAUAUAAACUGUAUUAAAAAAAAAAAAAGACUAUUGGGACUAAACUGGAAUUAAAGCCUGCACAUUUCUUCAGCUGUGAAAAUAUAUUCUGAUAUGUAAAUGUUACUCUUCCUGCACAUCAGAAAAGUUUAUGAUAAAACUGUAAAUACCAGUUGUAAAAAUGUUAAUAGUAUACAGGGAAAAAGAUAUUGUAAGAAUUCAUGUCAAAUGUCUUUUUUUGACUGGCUGCAUGCCAAAAACACCGAGCCUUUGAUUUCUGCUUGGGCUGUCAAAGUCCACAGAGUAUUUGUCAAGUGAAAACGAAAUAAAAACCAAGCUCUUUCCCACAGUUAAAAUAAAUAUGCAUUUUUAAUAAUUACACAUUUCCACCUGGCCGAGGACAAGGGUGGUUUCCGCUGCAGAGGCCAGUUGUUGUGGAAAACGGCCCCAUGUUGGUCAUCUUGCUGCAGGCAGCGUGCCCCCUUCAGAGCUCCCUCUUCCUUUGCUCCGACUCCCUCCUCCUCCUCCGCUUCUCCCCGCGCCUUCCUUCUUACGGCCAUUAUGUUUAGAGUCUGUUCGGAUUUAACACGCUGCGAGGGUUUCCCUUCUCCCACAUCUCCCUUCCCUCCGCUAAUCGCGUUGCGCCAGCAACAGGUAACCCUCCUGCCACCCAACGGGUUCGCUAUCGCCUGCCCCGCCGGCAUCCCUCUCCUCCGCAGGUAGGAGCCACGCUUUCUCCCGGCUCAUCUGAACCAGUAACGCGUCCGCUCAGACCCAGAGCGAUUACUCUCGACGCGCUCAGCUCGAAAGACCGCAGUUUCUGCUUCAAGGCUGGCAAAAAGGCUACUCGGUUUGUCCUGCUUCUCUAAUACAGUCUCUCGCCACGAGCCUUGCCCCAUAAAGAAAUUAAAUCUUUUCGCAGUUUAGCACGCCUGGAAGCAACUCUGAAAAACUGUUUUUUCUUCUCAUCUGUCUUGGGUCUCUGUGUAAUUAUACCAAAAUAACCUCUGAUGACUGAAGUCAGUGCUUUAGGUACUGUACCACUUCAAUAAACUCCUUUGUACCACUUCAAUAAA